CGGCAACUCGAAAUUGUUAACGUUUAAUAAAUACGCAAACAAGCUAAUCUCCGUCAACGUAAAUGAUUUUCUAAAAAACAAAGCUAUAUGAAACACUAAACUGUAUUGUUUUCCUACGGUAGCUAAGAAGACGACUUACCCAAGCAAAUUCGCGGGUUUACAAUACGAUGUCUACAAAUACCUAUAUCGAUACAUCAACAAUUUUCUUUUGUUUCUUUUCGUGCUUCGCAAAACGUGCAGAUUGCUUAUUGCUAAUUAAAAUCACGAAGUACAAAUAUUUUUAACAAAUUUUAGUUUUUUUUUGCAAAAAGUCAAUUACAUGUGCGAGAAACACGGUGUGACAGACGCUGCAUUGGUUAAAAAGAGUCGAAUAUAGUUGUAGGAAGCUGGUUAGCAAAACAAUGAAUGAAAAGAGAGACCGGCGGAUUAGUGAAUGCGAGAGUUAAGCCAUAAAUUCAUGAUAAGCCAGCAAACGUCACACCACAUACGUUAACAUCCCCAUACAGAUCAACCCCCUACACACACCGCCACUUCAUUCUAAUCAAAUGAAACACGAGACGACACUCCUCUGGCUUGCUUAAUCAAUUAGCUGGACACACCACACACAUUUGAAAGUCAGUCCGUUUUGGUCAGUCUAGUUUUGUACUCGAAACGUAGCGUGCGUGUCAGGCAUUAACGCUCCUCAGCACACACACACACGAACACAUUGAGAGAAUGGCGUCCAAUGAUUUGCAGUCACCGACGAGCGAAAUGGUGUUGCUCACACCAAACACUGAGAAUCCGCCCAGCAUUGUGGCAGUUGUGACCAAGGAUAAGGAUGCCAAGCGAGAGGGAUCUGCUGAAUCGGACAGUAGUCGUGUUGUGAUGAAAAAACAGUUGGGUCUACUCGAAGGCGUGGCCAUUAUACUCGGCAUUAUCUUUGGCUCGGGCAUAUUUGUCUCGCCCAAGGGCGUCCUGCAGGAGGUGGAUGCUGUGGGCACAUCCCUGGUCAUUUGGGUGCUAUGCGGCCUGCUCUCCAUGGUCGGUGCUCUAUGCUACGCGGAAUUAGGCACUGCCAUACCCAAGUCGGGUGGGGAUUAUGCCUAUAUCUUCGAGGCAUACGGAUCGCUGCCCGCUUUCCUCUAUCUAUGGGAUGCUAUGAUGAUUUUUGUGCCGACGACAAAUGCUAUAAUGGGUCUUACAUUCGCUUCCUACGUUCUGCAGCCAUUUUUCGCCGAUGGUUGUGAGAUUCCAAAGCUGGCCCUGCAGCUGUUGGCAGCGGUUACCAUAUGUUUUUUGACCUACUUGAACUGCUAUUAUAUGAAGAUCACAACGAAAAUGCAGAACGUUAUAAUGUUCACCAAAAUUGCGGCUUUGGUUUUGAUCAUUAUCGUUGGCUUGGCUUGGAUGCUAAUGGGUCAUACGGAGAAUUUCGAUAAACCUUUUGAGAAUACGGAAACGGACCCCGGCAAGCUGUCGGUGGCAUUUUAUUCCGGCAUUUUCUCAUACGCCGGUUGGAAUUACUUGAAUUUUAUGACCGAGGAACUGCGUGAUCCAUAUCGCAAUUUACCACGUGCUAUUUAUAUAUCGUUGCCCUUGGUAACUGGAAUUUAUGUGCUGGCCAAUAUGGCCUAUCUGGCUGUGCUAUCUGCGCCCGAAAUGAUCGCCUCCAAUGCCAUUGCUGUGACCUUUGGCAACAAGAUUAUGGGCAACUUCGCCCUGAUCAUUCCCAUUAUGGUGGCCAUAUCGGCCUUUGGCGGCCUCUCUGUGCACAUUAUGACCUCGUCGCGUAUGUGCUUUGUGGGUGCUCGAAAUGGACAUAUGCCCGCAGUGCUCUCUCACAUCAGUGUUAAAAGUUAUACACCGUUGCCUUCACUGGCUUUUCUGUGUCUGCUCUCAAUUGUGAUGCUGCUUGUAAGCGAUGUGUAUGUGCUUAUCACUUAUGCCAGCAUUGUGGAAUCUUUCUUUAUUAUGCUAUCAGUGUCGGCUGUUUUGUACUUUCGCUACAAGCGCCCCAAUAUGGAGCGUCCAAUUAAAGUUUCUUUGUGGAUACCCGCAGUGUUUGUCAUUGUGUGCGCUUUUCUGGUAGUCGUUCCGGUUUAUGUUGCGCCAUUUGAGGUUGCUAUGGGCUUGCUAAUAACGCUAAUUGGCAUACCAUUCUAUUACGUCGGCAUCGUGUGGAAGAACAAACCAACAUGGGUGCAGCACGCGAUUGAUUCGGUGACAUUUACGUGCCAAAAACUUUUUUUGUCCGCCAAGGAGGAGAAGCAGGAUUAAUUCAAGGCGAGGUGACCACUAAGCCUUAUCAACAAGGGAAUUCAUCACAUAUAUAUUAUACAUCACAAUCAAUACAUCACAAUCGAUACAUCACAAUUGAUCCAUCACAAUCGAUACAUCACAAAAAAAGAAAAAAGAAGAGAAAGAAAGGACCAUAAGUGCAAAGACAGCGAAUAUUAUUUUUAUAUUUUUGAUUUUGAGACAUUCGUGGAUUACGUAAAUUGUUACAACUCAAAUUAGAUAUUUGAUUAUUUGUAUCCUAUUUACAUGACUAGGAACAAUUUGAAAAUUGUUUUUAUUUUAGCUUAAACCGAUCCAAUUUGUAUCGCGUAUCAUAGACUAUAUUU